AAGAUGUACAGAUGAUAGUUUUGUUAUAGUUUCUAUAAUUUCUUAUAUAGGUGCAACAAUAAUACUAAAAAUGUUCUUCAAAAUCAUAGUCAGUGCUUUACUCGUAUCUACUGUUUUUAGUAGACGAGUGUCGAUAAAUAAUUAUCAGCAAAAAGAGUUGACUGUGUCCAUUACUGGAAGGGAUGACAUUAAGAUGCCCCCCCAUUCUCAGAUUCCCUUGGACUUGGAAGAAAACUGGUCGGGAAAAAUUUCGGGUUGCUCCGAAAUGUGCGAAGGACCCAGAACUGAAGUUGAGCUAACGUUGGGUGCCGAAAUGGACCAGUACGAUGUUUCCUUGAUCAAUGGAUGGAAUCUGCCCAUGAAGAUUGUUCCCCAAAAUGGAGACAACUGCCAAGCCUCAGUCUGCACUCCCAACAUGCUCCAUAUUUGCCCAGACGAAGACAGAGUCCUAAACGCUAGGGGAAUUCCAGUAGCGUGCAGAAAUAGCCCGAUGGUUUUCAAGAAAGUUUGCCCAAAUUCUAUCACCGAUGAAAACGAUAGACCAGCUAAAGUACACAAUUGCCAUGCUGAGGGCUACAAGGUUAUGUUUGGUCAAUAGUGAUUAUAGGAUUAGAUUGAUAAUUGUACCUGUUUUUUUGUUGAUAAAUUAGUUCUGUAAUAAAAAGAAUUC